AUGCAGCAACCGAGCACACGUCGAGGCGAUGGCUUCGUCUAUUGCUACGACAGCCUGUACAGGCUGCUCUUCUACCUGGGCAUCCUCACGUUCCGGCUGCACAACCAGAGCGAGGGCGGACCGAGGUCGACGCGGCUGCGCGUUCUCUAUGCACUGGCGGCACGCGCCGCCAUCCUGCUGGGAUUUGUGGGCGGGGUUUACGUCAAGCUGACCGAUCCCCAGAUGUCGCAGGCCAUGUUCAGCCAGCUCUCGCCGCUGUUCAAGAUCAUCUUCUCCUGGGAGUGCAUCUCGUGCUUCCUUACCUACGUGGAGCACUGCUUGUCCAUGGAUGCGUAUUGCUCGAAACACAUUGGUCUGCUGGCCAGCAUGCAGCUGCUGGAUACUGAUAUCUCAGCCGAGUUCCCGCAUGUCCAGUGGCGCUAUAAUCGCACCCGCUCCAAGUACUGGUACGGCUCAUCUCUGGUCUUCUGCCUGUAUGUGGCGAUAUCCUUGGCGUUGAUGUUCGACACGAUGCAAUGCAGCUGCGGCUACGUGUCCACCAUACUCAUCGCUAGCACCUACUCCAUGCUGACCUCCAUGCUGGGCACGAUGGGCUUUAUACACAUCGCCCUCAUGGACUACCUGCGCAUACGCUUUCGCCUCAUCAUGAAGCUGGUGGAGCAGCAGUACGCGAAGGCAGACACCUCAGCCAAGGCCAAUGAGGAGCAGCUGCAGCACAUGGAUCAUUUGUUUGAGUUCACCAAGCGCUGCUCCCGUCUGCUGGACGUGAUGAACGUUGUGUGCGGAUAUAUCAGCGCUGCCGGCAUCUUCUACGACUUCACUCACAUGACCUGCUUUGUGUAUAUGCUCUGCCACAAGCUGCUCCUCCGAGAGUCAUGGGACACCCAGUACACAUUCGUAUCGCUGCAUCUGGUGGUUCACAUCUACAAACUGCUCAUGACCAGCGUCUAUGGCUACCUGCUGCAGCGAGAGAAACGCAACUGCCUCCAGCUGCUCAGCAACUAUGCCCAUCACUUUGGCAACCAGGCAACGCUUAAAAAUGCAGUUGAAUCCUUCCAGCUCUGGCGUAUGCAGAACAACGAUUCGGCUCUCAUUGGCUACAGCUUCCCUUGCAACAUAUCGCUAAACUAUUUGGUUUUCAACGCUUUGGCUAACUAUGUUAUUGUUCUAGUGCAAUUGCUCUUUCAGCUUCAGCUUAAGGAUAAACAAGGUCAGCCGAUUCGCAUACCCAAGGAUGUUGAGUUGUUGAAGCCUAUUGGACAGCAUACGCAUCUUAGCAAUGCAAUAUAA